UCCGGUAUUUACACACACACACACACUUUGAUGCUGACAUUCCCACACAAACAUAAACACUUUGAUGCUGACAUUCCCACACAGGCAGACAAGAGGGGAAGAUGGCAAAUGCAUUUAUUAAUAACUUAGCAUUUUCUCUUGUCUUUGUGCUGCUGCUGGCUCAUUUCCCCGGCCAAGCUGUGGGGGAACAAACUAAAACGACAGAGUUUGACGUGAAACCUGGUGGAAUGCUGCACACCUUCACCGACUACAUUGGAGGAUACGAAUGCUCUUUCUCGUUCGCCGCACAAGGAGGAACUAAUGAGAAAUGGCUAAUGAGUGUGGGCCUCAGCGAUGAAGACAAACUGUUGUCAUGCUCUGUGUGGAGGCCUACGGGGACUUCCUACCUGUUUUUCACGCAGUUCAAAAUGGAGUUGAAAGGAACCAAAAUUGAAUAUGCAAACGCCUCGUCUCAGGCGAGGGCAGGACAAAAAGAGGUGGUCCUCAGUGCGGAGGAGUUCACCAUAGGAGAGUCUGCAGUGACCCACACGGAGGGAAAGUUCAAGGCCCAGCUGGCCAAGCUGACGGCCAUCGGGCGCACGCGUCACCAAGAGCUGUGAGCCAGCGAGGUCACGUGACUCGCCAGCGAGGUCACGUGACUCGCCAGCAUCUUUUUUUCCAGGACCAUGUGACUUUUCCACAGAGCAGAAAUAUCUCCCUUUUAUUGUCCUCCAUGUUUUGACGGUAUGAGAUUUUACUUGUGAAUAUUUACAGUGCGAGUACUGUAAUCCUCGGGGGGUUUAAUUGACAAAAUGUAUGCGAGGACAUUUAUUUUGGUAAGCAUCAAACAUUAAAACUAAGAAAUGAA